AUGUCGUCGCUCCAAGGGAAAACUGAUGAGACUCCUGUCAAGGACACGCCACAGUCCAUUGACUCCACCCAGGAUGAACUUCCCGAACUAACCAAAGCCCAGGCAAAGCGUCUUCUUCUAAAGACCGAUCUGGUGGUCAUGCCUCUGGCAAUUCUCAGCAUGACGCUCGCUUACCUAGACAAGAACGCCCUAGGAUAUGCCGCCAUCUUUGGAAUGAAAGAAGACGCCAACCUCAAAGCCCAAGAUUACAGCUGGCUCGGCAGCAUUUUCUACUUUGGAUACCUCGCCAUGGAAUUCCCCAGCCUUUGGCUCAUGACAAAAAUCCCAAUUGGAAAAUACGUCGGCACUUGUCUCGUUCUCUGGGGUGUCUUGUUGUGCUUCUUGGCUCUCUGCCACAACUUUGCCGGCUUGGCCACCAUUCGGUUUCUUCUCGGUGUUUUCGAAGCUGCCGUGCUACCUUGCAUGAUGAUUAUCAAUUCUAUGUGGUAUCUCCGAAACGAGCAACCUCUUCGUACGGCCUUUUGGAAUAAUACCUUUGCUGGUGUUUUCGGUGGUAUCUUGUCCUACGCUAUUGGAAAAAUCGACGGAACGCUUUCAACAUGGAAGUACAUCUUUCUUAUUUACGGAGCUUGCACUAUUUUUCUUGGUGUUCUCGUCUUCUUCGCUCUACCCGAUGCUCCAUCACAAGCAUGGUUCUUUACCGCCGAGGAAAAGAAACUCGCCAUUAUUCGCCUCGCUCCGAACCAGACUGGUGUUGAAUCAAACAAGGGGUUCAAGACAUAUCAAAUCCUCGAAUGUCUUCGCGAUCCCAAAUGCUACUGCAUCUGGCUGGGCGCCUUGGGUUAUGCCGUCACCAACGCAGGCGUCACAAACUUCAACCCACUGAUUAUUGCUGGUUACGGAUUUUCGAAAACCAAGACUGUUCUCAUGGCUACACCUCAAGCCGCAGUUGCCAUGAUCAGUCAGGCCCUUCUCACGACUAUUGCUCUCUACAUCCCCAACCUGCGAUGUAUCUUCUGGAUCGGAGGUGCUCUGCUGGGCAUGGUUGGAGCUAUCAUGGUUCACACUCUGGACGUCGAGACACAAAGAAAUGCUUCCUUGGCUGGUGUUUACAUGAUGGGCUUUUACAACGUGCCAUUUAUCUUCCUGCUCAGUCUGUCUUCAUCCAACACUGCUGGCGCCACUAAGAAGAGUUUCAUGGGCAUGUCUAUCGCCAUCAUGUACGCUGUCGGUAAUAUCAUUGGACCCCAAUUCUUCCUCAGCACACAAGCACCAAAAUACGUUCUCGGUAUUGGCGCAAUGCUGUGCGCUUUCGCCUUGAUGGCUGCUGUUGGUCUUAUUUACUACUUCCUUUGCGUUAUCGAGAACAAGAGGCGUGAUAAGCAGUUCGGCAAAAUUCAUGAUGUGCUUGAUGCUGGAUUAGAGGCGGAGAAGAGCGACAAGACGGAUUUGGAAAACUCCAACUUCCGUUACACUUACUAA